AUGUCAAUGACCCGAGACCAGCUAGAAGCUCUCACGGAGAGAGACAUCCAAGAUCCCAUCCCCUCCAAACUCUUACAGCAGGCCUUGAGCACGCCGCCCUUCGUCCCCGUCCCCGAGCUCAUCAAUAUCCGCGACCUCGGCGCUGUGCCCGGCUCCGGCGUCCGUCCAGGUCUCGUAUACCGCUGCGGCAUGCUCGAAGUCGCCAACCAAAACCCACAGGCGCUCAAGUGGCUGGCCGCAAACGUGAAGCGGGUCUUUGACGUUCGUAAGUCUGCGGAACGUGAGAAGCAUCCCGAUCCAGACGUCGUAGGGGUCACAAACACAUGGCUCGAAAGCGCGGGCGCCCACACCCCACCUGACCUGAACGAUUUCGUCGAAGCUGGGGGCGAAGUUGGACUCCGUAAGGAGUACCUCAAGGUCCUUGACUUGUACCGGCCCAUCUACCGAGCCAUCUUGGAGCAUGUGCGUGACAAGCCCGAGGAACCCUUUCUCUUUCACUGCACCGCUGGAAGAGACCGCACCGGCGUGAUGGCAGGUCUCCUACAAUCUCUCGCAGGCACAGCGCCCGAAGACAUCCGAUUCGACUACAUGCUCUCGCGCAUCGGCACUGAGACAGCGAGGGAGCGGCUCCUCCAGCAGGCUCGCGCCGGCGGCGGUAGCCUCGCUUUCGAACAACACCCGGGCUUCUACAACCUGUGCAGCCUGCGGGCGUCGUGCUGGGACGCGUUUAUCGCGGCAUUGCAGGAAGCGCAUGGCGGCUGGGAGGGAUACGUCGUCGGGGCUCUGGGGUUUUCGAGCGACGACUUGGCUAGGAUCAAAAAUAACCUUUCUGGGCGUGGAGACUAG